GUAGUGAACGUGAACUGUGGUGAAACUCAAAUCGGAAAUGGCUCGUACCAAGCAAACUGCACGCAAAUCGACUGGUGGAAAGGCUCCACGCAAACAACUGGCUACUAAGGCCGCUCGCAAGAGCGCCCCUGCGACCGGAGGUGUGAAGAAGCCUCACCGCUAUCGCCCUGGAACAGUGGCCUUGCGUGAGAUCCGUCGCUACCAAAAGAGCACCGAGCUUCUGAUCCGCAAACUGCCUUUCCAGCGUCUGGUGCGUGAAAUCGCUCAGGACUUUAAGACUGACUUGCGAUUCCAGAGCUCGGCGGUUAUGGCCCUGCAGGAAGCUAGCGAAGCCUAUCUGGUUGGUCUCUUUGAAGAUACCAACUUGUGUGCCAUUCAUGCUAAACGUGUCACCAUUAUGCCCAAGGACAUUCAAUUAGCGCGACGCAUCCGCGGCGAGCGUGCUUAAAUAGGCAAGGCUUCAACUGGCAGCCAAAGCCCUAGUAUACUCUACAAUCGGUCCUUUU